GAGAUGCCUUCCGUCAUCUGGGUAUCAUGACAGUGACCAACAUUUACAUCAUGGAAGACUAUUUUCAUUUUUAUACAAUGGAGAAGAGCCAGGAGGUUAUCAAUUAUCGCUAAUAGUGUCAGGCUCUACAAAAACUUCUAAUCACUCUAGACUCUAGAACGGUAAAGUAGUCUGCUAUUUUUAUUGAGAAUGAAUAGGUGAUUUUUCUGAUUUCCCUACGGUCAGUAACUUAUGAAAGGUUCCAAUUUCAGUGUUGAAUUUUAUGAAAAUAUUUGUCAUACAGCUUCAAUCAGAGUAAAAAAUUGAAUUUCAGCCUUGGAAUCCACUAAACACAUGCAAACAUGGGUUUCAAAAACAAAUUUAUCACAAUACUAUUAUCCAUGGUGAUGGUAACCAGUUCGUAUGUUGGUAACAUCUUGUGCAUCAUAGUUUUCCCUGCAUACAGUCAUCAACAACCUCUGCUAGCCCUUUCAGAAAAACUCGCCAGAAGGGGACAUAAUCUCACUGUGCUGACCACUGAUCCACCCAAGUAAAGCAGCCUCUAUGAAGUUCGACGCUGUGUUGAUAGAGAACCUAUACUACAGCAGCUUCCAUGGACUGACGCACAAACUGGGUUCUCCGCCGGUGAUCGGAGUGCACACAUUCGUGCCCUGGUCGGCCCCUCGACGAGUUCAUGGGAGUCAAAGUGAACCCUUCCUACAUGCCUCACAUCUUCUCUCAUCAUAGCGACUCGAUGACCUUCCUUGAAAGAUGUUUCAACACGUUUUUGUACUGGUAUAAUUGGUAUCUGGUCGAGUACGAGCUGUUCCCUUAUCAAGAGGCCAUUCUCAAGAAAUACUUUGGGACGAACACACCAUCAGCGAGGGAAAUGGAGUUCAACAAGAGCUUGUUGCUGGUACCAGCUGAUCUGUCCGUCGCUUACCCAAUGAGUAUUCCUCCGAACUAUGUCAGAACGGGAACGUUCCACAUUCAACCUUCUCCUGAGCCUCUUUCAAAGGAUUUAAAACAAUGGAUUGACGGAGCUGAACAAGGCAUUGUCUACUUCAGUCUGGGAAGUAACAUGCAGGGAACUUCCGUUCCUCAAGAGAAGAGGGAAAUAUUCUUCAAAACCAUCAGGAGAUUCCCGAAGAUCAGAUUCUUUUGGAAAUAUGAAGCUGAGUCUCCACUAUCAAAUGUGCCUUCAAACUUGUUGAUUAGAAAAUGGUUCCCGCAACAGAGUAUUCUAGUUCACCCGAAAUGCCGGAUUUUCAUCUCGCAAGGUGGCCUACAGAGCACGGAGGAGGCGAUCUAUUACGCUGUGCCACUUCUGGUCAUACCCUUAUUUGCUGAUCAGCCACAUCAAGCCGCUAAAAUAGAGAAGGAUGGAGCCGGUCUCUCUCUCUUGCUGAGCAGAUUGACGGAGGACAAUUUUUAUGACGCCAUAAACAGCAUGCUGACUGACCCAAAACAACCUCUGGCAUUAUCCAUGCAUUUGACCAAUAAUUUCCCAUGA